AUGGGGCAGUGGUGCUACGACUCGCAGGACCCCGAAUGCGUGACGCUGAGCCUGGCGAGCGAGUCAGCCACUGAGCACAUCGCCAUCAGCGGCGGAGGCCUCCCCGGCCGGUACCGAGCACUGCAGCUCCACUUCCACUGGGGCAGCCCGGCUGGGAACGGCUCCGAGCACACCCUCGACGGGCACCAGCUCCCCAUGGAGCUGCACAUCGUCCACAUCAAUCUCCCCCGCUGGGGGACCUGCCAGUCUGUGGGGCCACCUGUUAGUGAAACAAAGGAAGGGAAAUGAUGGGGGUGGCCUUGCCAUCGUCCCCAGCGCGGGAUGGGCUGAGUGCUCGUGUCUCACUCCGCAGGGGACUCUGUGGAUUUGGCCUCCACCUUCCGCCUGAGCACCCUGCUGCCGCGUGCCGGCCGGCUCUCCGGGUACUACCGCUACCAGGGCUCCCUCACCACCCCCGACUGCAGCGAGGUCGUUGUCUGGACCGUCUUCGAGGAGCCGGUGGAGAUCGGCCGGGAGCAGCUUCGGGCGUUCGUCAGCACCCUCCACUUCCCCGCCGCCGGCUCCACGCUCCUCAAAAUGAUCAACAACUUCCGCCCGCCGCAGCCCCUCCGCAGCCGCAAGGUCUUCGCCUCCAGGGCAGCCACGGCCAGCAGCGGGUCCCCGCAUGGGGGCCACCACCAGCUCCUCUCCCCCCUGCUCCUCCUGGUCCUGCUCAGCCCCUUCUCGUCGACCCCGUAGGGUCUGGUCCCCGCUGC